AUGCUUUCAAAAUCGAAGCAUUUGUAUCCUUUAUCACGAUACUGGGCUCGAUCAUGUUUGGAUAGCUAUAGACGAGAUUAUGUCAAUCAUAACUAUUGCAGAAUUACAACUCUAUUCCACAAUCCGUUUUCCUCUUCGGCUGAGCCAGUUAAGACUAGUGAUAAACCCGAGCUUCCCGGCUGGGUUAAUUAUCCUGUUAAGGACAAAAAUGCCAGCAAUCUGAAAGAUGAAGAUUUUGUUCCUCCUUCAUUGUCUUCCUGGAUCGAAAACCAACACUCGGCUGCCCAAAGAGAUGAUAUUUUUGAGAGUGAUGUGGACAAGAUAAGUAACAUCUUAACGGGCCAUUUCAAAUCCCCGGAUUCAGUCGUUAAAGCAUUGGAGGCUUGUGAUGUUGAUUUGUCAAAUGACCUGGUCGAGCAAGUACUGUGUAGAUUUAGCAGUGAGUGGGUACCAUCACUCGGGUUUUUCAAGUGGGUCGAGUUGCGAAACGGGUUUAAACACCCACCUAACAUUUACAAUCUAAUGGUCAACAACUUGGGGAAAGUGAAAAAAUUCGAGCUGAUGUGGGAUUUAGCCGAGGAAAUGAAAAAUCUAGAAGGGUACUUCACUUUGGACACGAUGACCAAAAUCAUGAGGCGGCUCGCAAAGGCCAGGAAGUACGAGGAUGCAAUCGAGGCAUUCGAAAAUUCGGAAUUAUUCGGGAUCGAAAAGGAUACAUCAGCCUUAAAUAGAUUAAUAGAAGCAUUAGUAUAUCAGGGGAGUGUUGAGCACGGCGAACAAGCUUAUUUCAAAUUUAAAGAAAAUAUUCCCCCUUCUCAACAGACUUUUAAUAUAUUGGUCCAAGGUUGGUGCAAAAUGAAGCAAAUGGGGAAGGCCAAGGAAACAGUGAAUGAGAUGUUGGCCCACGGCUUUGGGCCGAACUUGCUUACCUACACGAGCUUCAUUAGGACCUACUGCUGCGAAAAGGAUUUUCGUAAGGUUGAUGCGACUUUAGCGGUAAUGGAGAGGGAAGGCAUUUAUCCCAAUGUGGUGACGUACACUAUAAUGAUGAAGUCCUAUGAAAAAGCAAAGGAAUUCAAAAAAGCCAUGGAGGUUUACGAACUAACGAAGAAAAACAACUGUCCACCCGAUGCCUCGUUAUAUACGGCCUUCAUUGGUAUUCUGGGCCGAAUGAGCAGAGUUGAAGAUGCGUACGAGGUUUUUGAUGCCAUGUCCAGGCAAGGAGUGGACCCAAACGUGUCGACUUACAAUAUGCUGAUUUUUAUAUCGGCCAGUAGGUGUCAAGAGGAGAAGGCACUUACUUUGCUUAAGAUAAUGGAGGAAAAUAAAUGCAAGCCGAAUUUCAAUACAUACGGUCCCCUACUGAAAAUGUGCUGCAGGUUGGGGAGAAUGAAGGUGCUUACGUUUUUGUUGAGUUACAUGUUUAAAAACAAUGUGAGUCUUGAUCCGACGACUUAUUCGCUUUUGGUCGGCCUGCUGUGUAGGAAUGGGAAUGCCGCUAGGGCGUGCUCGUUUUUCGAGGAGAUGGUGGAUAAGGGUCUUGUGCCGACGGAUGGUUCGUAUGUGGGUUUGGUUAAAGCACUCGAUGAGAAGGGCUUGCUUGAGGAGAAGGAACGGGUCAAAAAAGCGAUGUCACGGUUUAAAGAAGGGUUUGAGUAG